AUUCGUUCUACUUUCCACAAACUUCUCUUGAAGCAUAGACAUAACGACAUGUACUCUAGCUUUUUCAAGCAUCACGAAAACGACGAAAACAACGGGCUAGUGUGUAUGGAAGUGAAUUUGACCGAUUGCGCCGCAUUUCAUUUUUUCAGAGGGGCAUGCGAUGAGGAAUGAAUGAAAAUAAAAAACUGUAUUCCUGAUUUUAAUUAAGAUAACUAAGUUAAACAUUUAAAAAGUCAACAAUCAGAAUGGCAACUUUAGAGCAGCAAGCUUCUAAGCUUCUUGAUUUCAACCAAAAAUUGGACAUAACACUUCUUGAUAAUAUCGUUGGAUGUUUAUAUUCCACUGUUGGAGAACAGCAACGUGUUGCACAAGAUAUUUUAACAGCACUCAAAGAACAUCCCGAUGCUUGGACCCGAGUUGAUACCAUACUUGAGUAUUCUCAGAAUCAGGAAACAAAAUAUUAUGCUCUGCAAAUUUUGGAACAAGUGAUUAAAACUAGGUGGAAAGUAUUACCAAGAAACCAGUGUGAAGGUAUUAAAAAAUACAUUGUGGGUCUGAUUAUAAAGAACUCGUCGGAUCCUGCCACUAUGGAAAGCAAUAAGGUUUAUUUAAAAAAAUUAAAUAUGAUACUUAUUCAGGUCUUGAAAAGAGAAUGGCCUCAUAAUUGGGAGACAUUUAUAAGUGACAUUGUUGGAGCAUCUAAAACUAAUGAAAGCCUGUGCCAGAAUAAUAUGGUUAUCUUAAAACUUCUCAGCGAAGAAGUGUUUGUAUUCAGUACAGGUGAACUAACUCAGACAAAAGCAAAACAUCUAAAAGAUAACAUGUGUUCUGAAUUCAGUCAAAUUUUUAAUUUAUGUCAAUUUGUAUUAGAGAAUUCACAAAAUGCACCUCUGGUUGAUGCAACACUUCACACACUUCUGAGAUUUUUAAAUUGGAUUCCUCUUGGCUACAUAUUUGAAAUGAAAUUAAUAAGUACACUUAUUUUCAAGUUUCUGAAUGUUCCCAUGUUCCGCAAUGUUACCCUUAGCUGCCUUACCGAAAUAGCUGGUGUCACAGUAAGUAAUUAUGAAGAGCAGUUUGUUGCUUUACUUGUUCAAACAAUGGAGCAAUUGGAAGUUAUGCUUCCCCUAUCAACUAACAUACGAGAAGCUUAUGCAGCAGGUCGAGAUCAAGAACAGGUUUUUAUUCAAAACCUUGCUCUAUUUCUAUGUACUUAUUUAAAAGAGCAUGGACAAUUAAUUGAAAGGAAGGGCCUUACUAACACUCUUAUGAAUGCCCUCAGAUACCUUGUAUUAAUAUCUGAAGUAGAAGAUGUAGAGAUUUUUAAGAUAUGUUUAGAAUUUUGGAAUGCCUUAGCUGCUGAUUUGUAUAAGAUAACGCCAUGUUCCCAUUCAGUAGGAUUUUAUAGUUUAGGGAAAAAUGUUGGACGAAAAGCAUUGUAUGCUGAUGUUCUGAGCAGUGUUCGAUAUAUUAUGAUUUCAAGAAUGGCAAAACCUGAAGAGGUUUUGGUUGUCGAAAAUGAAAAUGGUGAAGUUGUAAGAGAAUUCAUGAAGGACACAGACACUAUAAAUUUAUACAAAAAUAUGAGAGAAACUUUGGUAUAUUUAACACAUUUGGAUUAUCAAGAUACUGAAAGGAUUAUGACUGAGAAACUUCAAAAUCAAGUGAAUGGCACUGAGUGGUCCUGGAAAAAUCUGAAUACCCUUUGUUGGGCAAUUGGUUCGAUAUCAGGUGCCUUGACAGAAGAAGAUGAAAAGAGAUUUUUGGUUAUUGUUAUUAAAGAGCUUUUGGGGUUGUGUGAGCAAAAAAAGGGAAAAGACAAUAAAGCUAUUAUAGCUAGUAAUAUCAUGUAUGUUGUGGGUCAGUACCCCCGCUUCCUAAGAGCUCAUUGGAAAUUUUUGAAAACUGUUGUUAAUAAACUUUUUGAAUUCAUGCAUGAAACCCAUGAUGGCGUUCAGGAUAUGGCAUGUGAUACAUUUAUAAAAAUCGCUUUAAAGUGUCGCCGUCACUUUGUAACUACCCAAGUUGGAGAAGCUUGUCCUUUUAUUGAAGAAAUUUUAAGUACUAUCAGUUCUAUCAUCUGUGAUCUCCAGACACUACAAGUUCACACCUUUUACGAAGCUGUAGGCUACAUGAUCAGUGCACAAGUAGACCAGGUUGCACAAGAACAGCUCAUUGAGAAGUACAUGUUGCUUCCGAAUCAGGUAUGGGAUGAUAUAAUAUCGCAAGCCUCUCAUAAUGUAGACAUCUUGAAAGAUGCUGAGGCUGUUAAACAACUUGUUAGUAUUCUUAAAACAAAUGGUCGAGCUUGUCGUGCCCUGGGCCACCCAUAUGUUGUCCAAUUAGGCAGAAUAUAUCUAGAUAUGCUCAAUGUGUAUAAGGUCAUGUCGGAGAAUAUCAGCCAAGCUAUAGCGUUAAACGGUGUAGUUGUGACUAAGCAGCCACUCAUAAAGAAUAUGAGGAUAAUAAAAAAAGAAACUCUUAAACUAAUUUCAAGUUGGGUUUCUCGUUCAACAGAUAACAGUAUGGUAUUGGAGAAUUUCAUUCCUCCCUUACUUGAUGCUGUUCUAUUGGAUUACCAAAGAACUGCGGUGCCUGAUGCAAGAGAAUCAGAAGUUUUAUCCUGUAUGGCAGCAAUUGUUUAUAAACUCGGAGGGCAUAUAACAUCGGAAGUACCGAAAAUCUUUGACGCGAUCUUUGAAUGUACUUUGGAAAUGAUCAAUAAAGAUUUUGAAGAAUAUCCAGAGCACAGAACCGAGUUCUUCUUGUUGUUACAGGCUGUGAACACACACUGUUUCAAAGCAUUCCUAAGCAUACCUCCGGCGCAAUUUAAAUUAGUGCUUGAUUCCAUUAUAUGGGCAUUUAAACAUACAAUGAGAAAUGUUGCUGACACUGGUCUUCAGAUAUUAUAUCGGCUGCUUCAAAACGUCGAACAACAUCCCCAGGCCGCGCAGAGUUUCUACCAGACCUAUUUAUGUGAUAUACUGGAACACGUUUUUAGUGUGGUAACAGAUACUUCUCACGGCGCAGGUUUGACGAUGCAUGCUACCAUUCUAGCACAUAUAUUCUCCUUAGUAGAAACGGGUAGAGUGACUGUUCCUCUGGGUCUCACUCCAGAUAAUAUUCUUUAUAUACAGGAAUAUGUUGCCCGUCUUCUCAAAACAGCAUUCCCUCAUUUGAAUGAUAAUCAAAUUAAGAUUACCGUACAGGGACUGUUCAAUUUGGAUCAAGACAUACCUGCCUUCAAAGAUCAUCUCAGAGAUUUCUUAGUUCAAAUUAGAGAGUACACGGGUGAGGACGACAGCGAUCUAUUUUUGGAAGAACGGCAGUUUGCUCUCAGCAAGGCACAAGAGGAGAAGAGAAGGGUCCAGUUAUCUGUGCCGGGGAUUAUCAAUCCGCAUGAAUUGCCGGAGGAAAUGCAGGAUUAAUUCUAGUUUAGUAAUAAAGGUUAUAAAUGGUAACAGUUCACUUCAAUUGAGCACUCACAGAAGGCUAGGCGUUUGAUUUUCCAUUUUAUAUGAUAUAAAAAUACUAAUCAUUUUUCAUAUUUUCAUUACGAGCUUUAUCUUUUAGGUGUAGUGAGACAUAUUCUAAUUGAUUUCAUUUAAUGCAAUUAUGUUAGAAAUAUCUCUUUUAUGUUAGCUGUACUACGCAAUUCAAUGUUAGCAUUUAUAGUAAUAUGGUCCUGUUUUAGUGGACUGUUAUCAUAAGGGCAAAAAAAAAAAAAUCUUGUGCUUGUUUAAAAUUAUAUCUUGCUCUGUCAGGAUGUACAAAGGGUCGCCUGGAACAAUGGAAGAUGAUGAAUGCUAGUGGCAAGCUUAUAAUUUUAAAACCAACAGAAAUUGGUUUAUAUUCAAGUACAAGAUGUAGUGUUACGGCCUUUUUUAUUUAUAGGAUGAGAAUCAUGCAACAAUCUACAUUGCUAGAAAAUAAUUCCGAAUAAGUAUUUCUGUUUCAAAAUAACAUUGGAAGGUAGGCUCUGUGAUGGAAACCAGUGUCGGAUGUACGACAUGUGCGCUGUGGAAUCUGAUUUUGUGUAGAUUCUAGGAGAAACAUGAAUUGCUAUUAGUAACAUAUAUUUUUUUUUGUUUUGUUUAAUGUUGUCAAAACUAAUUUUAUAAUGGUCUAACCAAUCGAAUCAAAACAUUCGCGAUUUACGAUUGAGUUUUGGGUCCGAUUAACUGUCGAAUCUUUCAAUUUGUGUUUGAAAUAAAUGGAUAAUUGUA